AUGUCGGUAGCAGAAACCGCUGCGCGGAGGUUGCGCGGCGUGCUGGGGUCAGGGAGCAGACCGCUCCAAAGCGGGCGUUUGGUAGAGAGGGUCGGUAGAGAAGCCGCAAACACUUUGUAUUGCAGGUAUACCAGAAAUCUUGUGGACAAUGGAAAUGGAAAGUUCAACUUGAUGAUCUUGUGCUGGGGUGAAGGGCAUGGCAGCAGCAUCCAUGAUCACACUGACUCACACUGCUUUAUGAAGAUCCUUCAGGGAAAUCUAAAGGAGACUCUGUUUGAAUGGCCUGAGAAAAAAGGGAAUGGUGAAAUGACUAAGAAAUCAGAACGAGUUUUGAGGGAAAAUCAAUGUGCCUACAUUAAUGACUCCAUUGGCCUGCACCGUGUGGAGAACAUAAGCCACACAGAGUCUGCUGUUAGCCUGCAUUUGUACAGCCCGCCCUUCGACAGCUGUAAUACCUUUGAUCAGAGGACUGGGCACAAGCACAAAGUCAAGAUGACCUUCUACAGCCAGUUUGGAGAACGGACUGUCUGUGCAACAGCAGUGCCGCAGGAGAACAACUGAGAAGCACCAGCACGUGUUUGCAUAAGACCUACUGAAUUUUUAACCAGGGACAGAAGACUUGCAUGGCUAAGGCCAACAGCCAGCUCUAUUUCUAUACCUUGUACAUAAGAGUACACUAGGGCAGCUUCCAGGCAACCCACAGUUCCCCUGAGCGAAUGCCAAGUAUGGGACACUAAGCUAACAAGUGCCACAAACUACUUCAGAGGUUAGAUGCCUUUUCUUAGGCUCCUGUCAGAAUGAAGUAAUUUGUUUUCUGAUUCUAGUCUCCUUUUAAUUUCACUUCUGAUACCACACUGAGAAUAUCAGAAAUAGGGGUUUUAAACAUCAUCUGACGCUACUUAAUAGACCUACGUGU